GGCUUUGGCUUUUGGAGGAAGUACCGUUUAAUUAAAACAAAUCUUUAAUGGAUUUAUGUCCACGUACUGUUCUUAUUACAGGUGCUUCGAGUGGUCUAGGUCUUGAGUAUGUUAAGCAAAUGAUAAAUCUAAAAAAUCCACCCGAAAUCAUUGUUGCUGCUUCUCGAAAUCCGGAUAGGGCAACUGAACUCCAGCAGCUUGCUACAACACUCGCAUCCAACUCAACCAUAAAAAUUGUUAAGCUAGAUGUUGAGUGUGAUGAGGACAUCGAGUUAGCUUUUCAGGCAACAAAAGAAGCUGUAGGAGAAUUAGGUCUAAAUUUGCUAAUAAACAAUGCUGCUAUUUAUGACCGAUCUAACAGUGGAAGCUUGAUUUUACAGACUCGUGAGAAAAUGCAAAAACAUUUUAAUGUCAAUGUAACUAGUCCUGUUCUUAUUGUACAGAAGUUUCUCCCACUUCUUAAGCAGGCUGCCACUACCAGUAAAGGUUUUAGCUGCAGUAAAGCAGGUGUUGUGAUGAUGUCUUCUAGAGUAGGCUCGCAGCAAAUAGUGUUUGAUGAUGAACCAGGAGCUUCACUAUCAUUGCAUUACAAGUGCUCAAAGUCAGCUUUAAACAUGGCCACUAUAAUGAUUUCAAGAGAGCUUAAAGAUGAUGGAAUAUUGGUAUUUGCAAUACAUCCAGGGUGGGCCAAGACAAGAAUGGGCACAGACAGAGCACCUCUCCAGCCCUCAGAGAGUGUGCAGAGUUGUCUGAAUGUUAUUGGCACAGCUGGCGAGGCUCUGCAUGGGAAGCUCGUAACUUUACAUGGGGAAAUUCUUCCCUAUUAGUUCAUUUUAAUUCACUGGAAAUAACUGAUGGAACUUUCUUGUGCAAUCAAUUUCAAUAAGUUUUAGAUGGUUUAAACAAGUAAAAAAAAAUUUUUUUAAAGGGGGUGGGGCUUGAAAAUUCACUAUUUUUACCAUGAAGAUUUACUGAUACAAAUGUGUGUAAAAGUAUUUGAAAUUUUAAAAGUAUUAAUAAGCAAAUGAACUACACAUAUUGUAUGUGGAUCACCUAUUCAUUACGUGAAUGUACUCUUAAAUUAUGUUCCUUUGAUUUUACUUUCAUUUUCAUAUAUACAUUCAACAACAUAUUGUUUGUGUACCUUAUAAUGAAACAAAAUGUAUAGUGUAAUUUAUUCUUUUCAGAAAUGUCUGUUAUUAAUCAGCUGGUGAUGUUUCAAGUUUGAAAGGUGGUUUUAAGUAUGACAAAGCAUUUAUUUAUAAACAAUAGGAAUGAUGAAAUGGGUUAAGGUUUAAGAGCCUUUUCACUUGGUUAUUUGGAUGGGAGGUUGGUGUGGUGGGUUAACCUUAGUUUUGUGGAACAAUAGUGGUUGGAGGAUAAAAAAGUUUUAAUAAUAAAUCUGAUGUAAAUUCCAACUAUUGCUAAAUAAAGCAAAAACUGAUGCAGGGCAACAUAAGUUAAUUAUUUGUGUAUAGCAGGGGUCU